AUGGUGCUGGAGCGGCUCGGUGAAGCAACAGUAGUUGUUAUACCGGUAGUCCUCGUAAGACUGGUCUGGCUGGGUGAGGAUGAGCUACUGAACGGGGCGCCCGAUGAUUCACUGGGUGUCGACAUUGGAGCACUGGCAGUAGAACUUCUACUAGGCAUUGUACUGGCAGGGGUGUCCGAGGUUCUAUGGGGUGUCGACGUAGGAGUGUUGGUAGUAGCGGGAUCAGUGGAAGGAGUGGUGGUACUGGGAUGGGGAAGCAAAACGCUCGUCAAACAAGGGAUUGAUCCUCCGCACUCGGAACUUGAUGUGGAUGUUGCAUGUGUCGGCGGCAAAUCUGAACCAGUGGUUGGAGAGGCAAGCCCACUAGAGGACGUAGUACUGGGAUGGGGAAGCCAAACGCUCGUCAGGCAAGGGACUAAUCCUCCGCACUCGGAACUUGAUGUGGACGUUGCAUGUGCAGGCGGCAUAUCUGAACGAGAGGCAGGUUCACUGGAGGACGUAGUACUGGGAUGCGGAAGCAAAACGCUCGUCAAACAAGGUAUUGAUCCUCCACACCUUGGACUCGUUGUGGACGUCGGACUUGGAGGUGGUAAGUCCGAACUCGUGGUAGCAGGGGCACUUUCACUGGUGGGAGUAGUGGUACUGGGAUGCGGAAGCAAAACGCUUGUCAAACAAGGUAUUAAUCCUCCACACUCGGAACUUGUUGUGGACGUUGCACGCGCAGGCGGCACAUCUGAACUAGUGGUUGGAGAGGCAGGCUCACUAGAGGACGUAGUACUGAGAUGGGGAAGCAAAACGCUCGUCAAACAAGGGAUUAAUCCUCCACACUCGGAACUUGUUGUGGACGUUGCACGGAUUAAUCCUCCACACCCGGAACUCGUUGUGGACGUCGCACUUGCAGGCGGUACAUCUGAACUGGUAGUUGGAGAGGCAGGCUCACUAGAGAACGGGGUGGUAGAACUGGGAUUGGGAAGCAAAAUGCUCGUCAAACAAGGGAUUAAUCCCCCACACCCGGGACUCGACGUCGCACUUGCAAGUGGCACAUCUAAGGUGGUAGUUGGAGAGGCAGGUUCACUAGAGGACGGGGUGGUAGUAGAACCGGGAUUGGGAAGCAAAACGCUCGUCAAACAAGGGAUUAAUCCUCCGCACCCGGAAUUCGUUGUGGACGUCAGACUUGGGGGUGGUAAGGCUGGACUCGUGGUGGGGACACUAUUACUGAAGGAAGGGGUAGUGGUACUAGGACCGGGGAGCAACAGGCUCGUCAAACAAGGCACUAAUCCUCCACACCCGGAACUUGGUGUGGAUGUCGUACUUGCCGGCGGCACAUCUGAACUGGUGGUUGGAGGGGCAGGCUCACUGGAGGACGUAGUGGUGCUGAUACCGGGAUUGGGAAGCAAAAUGCUCGUCAAACAAGGCACUAAUCCUCCACAUCCGGAACUCGUUGUACUCGCAGGCGGUGCACCUGAGCUGGUGGGCGGAGAGGCAGGCUCACUAGAGGACGUAGUGGUGGGAUGGGGAAGUAAAACGCUUGUCAAACACGGGAUCAGCCCUCCACAAUCAGAACUUUCCGACGAGGUCGUGCUAGUUGUCGGUGUCGUUGAACUGGUCGUGGUAGUCGGAGUUGUAGAGACGGCCUCAUGGGAGGUUGUACUGGUGGUGGUUGUAUCACCAUGA